CGGGCCUCGGGCGCCGGCGCGGCGGGCUCCGGCGGCGGCGCCGCCAGCAGCGGGGGCUCCUCUCCGCGGGGCGGCGGCGACGCGCCGGCCAGGCUGAUGCUGGACACCAAGGUCUCGCCGGCUGGCUCGGCGGACGCCCUCUUCCAGGAGUGUAUCGGCGCCAUCCGGAAUCAGCGUGCCAGCCUGGAGACGGACGCCGUGUACCAGGCGGUGGAGACGGGGGCGAUCACGAAGCUCAAGCAGGACGAGCUGGAGCUGACGCGGAGGAUAUUUGCCCGCAUCGAUCCGUCCCAGAAUCUGACGUCUGACCUCAAGCACGCCGGCCACGACAUCGACCCGUAUUGGAGCCCCUUCCGCAAGGUGGACAACCUCAAGGAGCAGGUCACGGCCGAGUUCGACGAGUAUUCGCGCUACGUCAGCGUGGCCGAGCAGAAGCGCGUCCGCAUCCAGAUCAAGAAGAGCCUGAAGAGGUGCAGCCAGGUGUACAACCCGUACUCGCGGGAGUUCAAGAAUUACCACGACAGGCAGGCCAGCGAGACGCCGCCGGUGCCCUUCCGCCUCCCAGACAAGCACUGGGAGCCGACCCCGCUGCAGGUGCGGCUGGCUCGCGAGCGCAUCACCUGGCGGGAUAUCGACAUCAUUCAGCACUGUCUUGCGGACAACGUCGAUUGUUCUUUCACACAUCCUGCCCCGCCGGACCACGAUGUUCCCAAUCAGGAAGCAGAAGGAGCUGGUGCGGGCCGUGAAGCGGGCGCAAAAGAUGGCCCUCCUGCCGUACUUCACCAAGCCGCAGGACUACCAGUGCAUGCCCCUGAUGGAUCCGCUGCAGUGGACCGCGGAGCGGCUGACGGACCGCUGGAUCGACGACCGGGACCGCCGCUCGCAGGCGAUGUUGCGGGUGAUGAUGGAGCGCCACCCGGAGCUGGACUUCCGGCGCUUCCUGCGGCACGAGGCCCAGCUCGCGGAGCGCGCUGCGCAGCAGGCCGCAGCCUCUGGAGCCCCCGGCGGGCAGCCUGCUGCGGCAGGCUAGGGCCACGCUGCCGCCUUCUGUCCGCCCUCCCCUCCCGUGCUCCUCGUGCUGGUCUUCCCCCUGCUCCUCCCGUGCUACUGUGCCGCUCUGGCUUCCGCCCUGAGGCCGGCGGCGCAUGCAACUGCGGAGCUGGAUGAGCGACCGCGAGGGCGAAAA